AUGGUUACUCCAAAAAGUUCUAUCAAGACUUUGAAAUUAAACACAGGCGCACUAAUUCCCCAGGUGGGUCUUGGCACUUGGCGUUCGUCCGAAGAGGAGGGCUAUAAUGCUGUUCUGGCUGCACUCAAAGAUGGGUACAGGCACAUCGAUACUGCCAGAUGUUACGGUAAUGAGGAGCCGGUUGGUCGAGCCAUCAAUGACUUCAUGAAGCAGAGUGGCGUUCAGAGAUCGGACCUCUUCGUCACCACUAAGCUCUGGUGUACGGAGUUCAAAGAUCCCAAAGCCGCUUUGGAGAGAUCUCUCAAGAGACUUCAUUUAGACUAUGUUGACUUGUUGUUAAUGCACUGGCCUCUAGCCAUGAAGUCUGGUGAAGGUUUGUUCCCCAGAAAUGCCGACGGCUCUAGAAAACUGUUACCCUUUGAGGAGUGGAGUUACAUUGACACCUACAAAGCCAUGCAGCCUUUAAUCGAUUUGAAUUUGGCAAAGGCUAUUGGUAUCUCCAACUACAAUAUUCCCAAAAUACAGGCUUUGCUUGCUGAUAAGGGUGUGACUGUUAAACCUGCUUGUCUUCAGGUCGAAUUGCAUCCUUAUUUACCUCAACAGGAGUUGGUUGAUUUUUGUAAGGCUCAUGACAUUGUCGUUGAGGCAUAUUCACCUCUGGGAUCGUCAGGUGCCCCUCUUUUGAAGGAGAAGGUUAUCAACGAAAUUGGUGAAAAAUACGGAGUUUCCGCAGCUACUGUGAUUAUUAGUUGGGCUGUCGCAAGAGGUACUGUAGUUCUUCCAAAGUCUAUUAAUCCUGUCAGAGUCUCCUCUAACAGAAAGAUCAUUCCACUUUCCGAAGCAGAUAUGGAUGCCAUCAACGGAAUUCAAAAGACGACCUCCAGGAGAUUUGUCUGUCCUGAUUGGGGUAUCGAUAUCUUCAACAGUGACGGCCAUUUCAAGCCAAUGAACUAA